CAAACAAUGAAUUCCAACAUGGUGGCAAUGUGGUACACAGUUUGAAAAUGCAGGCCGUGUCAUGCUUUGAAAAAAAUCAUUUUAUGCUCGAUUUUGAUGGAAAAUGUCGGACCCUAAACGUGCUACGAUUAUAACAGUGGGUGCUCCAAAAAGUGUAAAGAAUAAUGUGAAUAAAACAGUGAGAUUAACUAUAAAUUUGGAGGAAAGCAACGAAUUGAAAUGUCCAGAGCUGAAUUACAAGGAACUAGUCAUAGCAGCAGCAAGAAAAAAAAGAGUAGAAAAUGGAAAAACCGCAGGGCUGGACCCGUUCUCAGAUAAUGAUGAUGAUGUUGAGAGAGUUGCUAGAAAAUUUGAACAAAAAUAUGGUGGUAAGAGUACAUACGGCAGAAAAGGCCGAUCGAAAUAUGAAGAUUUCGCAGACAUUGGGGCUGGCUAUGAUGAAAAUGAUUCCUUCAUUGACAACACCCAUGGGUAUGAUGAGAUGAUCCCACCCGAAUGUGAUACACUCCAUGGUGGUUUCUAUAUAAACAGUGGAUCUCUCGAGUUCAAGACUGUGCCAGAGAACCAAGUAGCCCACUCAGAUGGAGAGCAACGGAGGAAUAAUAAGCGGCGCAUUUCAUCGAGCAGCAGUGAAGAGGAUUCAUCGGAAAGUUCAUCGGACUCAGACAGCCAGGAUGUGAAGGACACAAAGCCCAUGACCAAUGGCAAUGUUGAUUCACACAAGACUGAACAUAGGAAAAAGAAAAAUAAAAAGAAUGAUAAGAAGAAAGCCAAGAAAGUGGGCAGAACUGACUCAUCUGCAGCAACAUCCGGAAAACAGACCUCGGACGAAAAUGGAGCUGGCGAAGGCGAAAGUGCGGAUUCGCGAACCUCUCAGUCCGACUCGCUGACCUCGAAACCGGCUCCCAGCUCCGAGAAUGUGGUCACAUCGGAUAGUUCCAGAGACACAGAAUCAAAGGUGGAAGUUAAACUGCCGCAACUCGUGAGUCAAGCAAUUGAAGAAUUGGAGGCAUUGGGUCAGCAACUGAAAGACAAUCCGGGGAAAGAAUUUGAUGCCAAGACUGAUCUAUGUGUUGUGAAAUUGGAGCGCAGCCUGAACAAGUGCGGCGCGGACAACCGCUUGCGGCGCGUGUGCUGGGGCCGCGCCGCCGCCGCGCUGCGCUGCUCGCGCGCCCGCCUGCUGCAGCGCGCCAAGCGGCUCGACGCGCCCGCCGCGCACGCCGCGCACGCCGCGCCCGCCGCUCCGUCAACUCAAGCAGCAGCACAGCCGCAAACGAAUCCCACUCAAACAAGCACUGCCAAUAGUUCUACUGUUAUAACCAAUACUAACUCAAGUUCGCUCAAGAGGAAGGCCAAUGAUGACUUAGAGAAUAUUGAUGACGUCAGCAGACUAACUCCAGAGGAGAAGGAGGCGCGGAUCGUGGAGACCUUGCAGAGGUUACAAGUGUUAAUAGAUGAGAGAAAACCAGACAUGAUCGCGACAUAUAACGCUGAGUGUGAAAGAGUUCAACAGGAGAGGAAGAAGAUGCAGAUAGCGUCGGCGGAGGGCGCGCCGCACGCCGACAAGCGGCUGCCCAAGCGGCGCUUCCCGUGGUGCGCGCGCAGCCGGGCGCUGCUGGCGCGGCUGGCGCGCCUCGCCGCCGCGCCCGAGCGCGCCGCCGCGCUGCUCGCCACGCGCGCGCUGCCGCUCUUCCCGCCCGGCUUCGUGCGCAUGCCCACGCUGCUGCGCCAGGCCAAUCUCAACAAAGAAGUGAAAGCAGCGACGCUAAAAAGGCAACGCAUCGGUUCAACGUCACAAUCCCAACCACCAACAGUUGUCAACAACAUACAACAAUUCAACGAGCCCAUACAGUUCCCGAGCUCGCUCACAGUCACAACAACAACAAAAACAAUCGAAAAAGAAGACGACAAACAUAAAACUCUAUCCUAUGGCUCAAUAUUGAACACCUUCUCUCUCAACAAAGACUUAAUCAUUGAAAAUCCAAACGACAGGACAGAUAAAAAAGAUGUUCCCAACAAUCUAGGCAGUAUAACAAUAACACCAGUGCUCAGUAAAGAAAAGAAAGUUGACAAAAAGGAGCCGCUCAUACGCGUCAAAUCGCCAGCCGCCUUAAACAACAUGGUCAAGAAAGAUGGUGAUAAGAAGAGAAAAGAGAAGAAGGAUAAAAUAGACACGCCCUUACACAUAGACACGAACACGCAAGUGAGGGAAUCAAUGAAGAGUCCUCGUGUUCACGAAUUCAGUAAGACGCAAAUAGACAGUAUGAAAGCGAUGGAGAAUAAUAUACCACACCCGGCGUUAGUGCCGGUGCAUCAUUCGCCGACGUUCGCGAAGCCGGACAAACGGCCUCCGGAGAAGAAGAAAAAGGACAUAGAAAUUGUCUCCGAUUUGGACCCGUUGGGUGACAUACAGCAAGACACAGUUGCUGUGGACGAUAGCAGUAGUGAUAUAGAAGUGAUAGAGGACAAAGUUAGUGAUAAAGUGUGUGAGAGUGACACAGUGCCUUCAGAUAGGAGUGAUUGUAAAGUGAAUAGUGUUAAGAAGAACGACCUGGACGAUGCGACCAAGGAGGAGAUUAACACGGUUAUGAGGGGCUUGGAGGAAAUGAAGCACUCCCAAUCACCAACCAAGGUUAACUGCAAUUCAUAUGGUGGAGUUAUUACAAGUGCGAAGCACGAGUCUUCCAAGCAAGCGUACAACAGGACUAUAUUUGAGCCCGCGAAUAAAGACAAAUUAGCGAACUUCUUUGAAAGAAAUAGAUGGAUGUAACGCCGUUAAUGGUUGAAUUUUUGAAAACAAAUCUCACGAAGAUCAGAGAAGAAUUUACACGGAAUCAGUUUAUUUAGUUGAGAAGACGCUUUCGUCUUGAACAGGGAUUCGAACUGCCUAUAUUGCUCAGGAACUAUAAUUUAAAUUUAUUUUGUGACUGCCUAGUAUUCCCUCACUACGAAAAUAAAAUCACAUCAAAAAUGGUACAUCUAUGUGAUAUGUUUCUAAAAUAAUAGAAUAGAUAUUUUUGUUUAUAAUGUGUUAGUGUAUUUUAUACUAUAUAGAUUUAAUUAAUUUAAUUCAAAAAAUAGUUGGAACAGAUCAGAAUAAAUAAAAAAUUUCCAUCUCAUUUCAUUAAUGUUGUUUAUAACGAAUAAGGUAGUAAUUAUUGAGAAUAACAUGUAAUAUAUCGCUUUAUUAAUAAUUAAAUAAAACAUUGAUAUGAAUAUUUGCGUAAGUUACUAUUAAAUUCCGACAGAUGGCGUUGUAUUCAAACUCAAAAUAUUUUAUUGUUUCUCUAUGCUUUUACUGUAUUAAUCUAAAGGGCUAUUGUAUAUGUUACUAGCUGUUGCCCGCGGCGACACUCGCGUGGUACCCGGGUAAAAAGGAGCCUAUGUGCCGCAUCCAGACUAUAAUUUAUCCAAAUUUUAUACAGAUACGACAAACUUUUGCCUUUAUAAGUUGUAGGUUUUUUAAUAUUCUGAUCUGUUCUAAACUAGUAUUUGAAUUCUCCACACAACAUACAUAUAUUUUUUUUUGUUUUUGUAGUUAUUAAUCGUUCAUACGUUUUUGAAUCCUGGUUUAAAUUCUAUGUAUUGUAACAAUUAUGAAUCGUUUUAUUGCAUUAAACUUUAAAAUCUGAUUUAAAUGUAUGUGUUAUUAAUUGUAAGAAGUCUCGUAUUAUGUGAUCUUAUGAUUUAUUCUUAUUGGUGUUUGAAAAAUACAUGAAGCCUGCAUGUUGUUUAAAAAAAAUAAAUCGAAAAUCAGCAGCAAAAAAAAUUGUUAAUAGAUUUUCUGUCACUUUAUUUUGGAAAAUGGUUCGGAAACACGAUUACCAUAAAUAUUAGUGUCAUGUGAAUUUAGUUUAUUUUCAUUAAUUUUUUUUUAUUUUAUUUAUACACACUUCGUGCAGGCUCAAAGCAUAGUCUGACAAUCAAAGUCCAAUAAUGGUGAUAGGCUAGUCUACUUUACACUGGAAAUCAAUUUUUUCACAUAUACACGCUAAUAAUAAUAAAAUCAUUAAGUGGCCAAUGAAACUGCCAUUUUGUAAGUGUGCGUGAUGUAUAAUCGUGUUUUAUUUGUGUUGAUAGCUGACAAAAACCGUUUGUUCUUGUGAUUCAAUUGUGGGUUAUAUCCUGUUUGACAGAGACACGAGAUAUAUUUUGCAUAGUGCUGUCUCUGUCUGACAAUAUAAGAAUUUCUGCCAUUUGAUCACAAGAACAAGUUUAUUUCGGUUCCAAAUCUAAAAGUUCCAAGUUUAAAAUCAAUUUAUUCAGAUCUAGCUCUAAACUAAGUGAGAUUUAGAUCGAAAAACUUAAAACGACUAUUCUAUGUCUUAAGAUUGAUCAUCAGACAAUUAAGCCUAAGAACUUAGUUCUAGGUCAUGUAAAAACUUAAGAGGCCUAUGUAAGUGGCUUCGAGAUAAAAGUCUGUCUUUAUAAGGCAAUAAUAAAUGUGAGGUAAGGUCGGAAAAAAAAUGUAAAUGCCCAAGACUUAGUUUUGUGGUAUUAAAAUUUCCUGGGAAAAAUAAAUUUGCAAAUUUCCAUAAAGGUUUUGCAGGACAAGUAUUAAAAAAUCCGCGCCCAUGAUGAAAGAAUCGGAAUAAAAUAUCUCAUGUUGUCUUGCUCGCACAUAGGGGAUAGAGUACAAGCUAUCUCGCUCAUUUUCGAUUUGAUUAUUUAUUGGCGCGGUAUACGACCCUAAAAAGUCUUGAUAUUCCUAUAAAAUGCAUUAAAACAAUGCGUGUUAGCUCUGUAUUGAUUGGAAAAGUAUAAAAAUAUAAAUAUAGUCAGAACAGUAAGAUCUAAGGCCUUGUAAAUGUUUGCUAUGAGAUAGUAAAUAACUGAAAUGAUUAUAAUUGUAACAUAAUAAAUGCUUAUUUUAUAAUCCCGAAGCUUGUGGGACAGUUAUUUUAAUACAUACAACUAGAAAACAGUCGGAUUAUGUUUCUUUUUUUUUUGUAAUAGUGAUGGAUGUAUUUAUAACGGAAUUCCAAAUUAUGUCCAAUGUAUGAUGAAUAAAUAUUUAUAAUGAA